UUCAUCAUCAUUCCUAAGUUUCAAAGCCAUGGCCAACUUCAAUUGCACCCCAACAUUGUUCCUACUAUACCCUUCUCUUUUUCUGAUACUCAUCUUUUCUUCCUUAAUUAACAAUCACUACCACUUUUUCCCCUCCUCUCCUCCAAAACAGAUCGUUAAACGAAACCCAAUUGUCAAUAGAAGCAAUAUUCAGAAGAAGGAUCGUUUUGAGAGGGUAGAAGAAGGUUUGGCCAGGGCACGGGCGGCCAUCCUUAAAGCGAUCCGGACUCGGAGUUAUUCUUCGUACAAGAAUGAGGAUUUCAUCCCUCGAGGAUCCAUUUACAAAAACCCUUAUGCUUUUCAUCAGAGCUACAUAGAGAUGGAAAAAAGAUUGAAGGUAUGGACGUACAAAGAGGGAGAGCCUCCGUUGUUUCACAUCGGACCAAUGCAGGACAUCUACUCCAUUGAAGGGCAAUUCAUCGACGAAAUAGAGAGAGCGAAGAGCCCAUUUCGGGCGCGAAGUCCCGAUGAAGCUCUAGUCUUUUUUCUCCCGGUCAGCGUAACUAGAAUCGUGAAAUAUCUGUACAAACCGCAAUCGGAUUUCGCUCGGGAACGUUUGCAGAAUGUUGUUAUCGAUUAUGUGGCUGGAGUGUCGAAGAAGUAUGAGUACUGGAAUAGAAGCAGAGGGGCUGAUCAUUUCUUUGUUUCUUGCCAUGAUUGGGGACCAGAUAUAUCAACUUCCAACCCCAAGCUAUUCAAAAGUUUCAUAAGAGUCCUUUGCAAUGCCAACACUUCCGAAGGUUUCAAACCAUCAAGAGACGUCUCCUUGCCGGAAAUCAAGAUGCCAUACAAAGAACUCGGACCGCCCCACCUCGGCCAACCACCCAACAACCGUUCAAUCCUCGCCUUUUUUGCAGGCGGUGAACACGGCCAUGUACGGAAAACCCUACUCAAAAUUUGGAAAAACAAAGACAAUGACAUUCAAGUUCAUGAGUACCUCCCCAAAACCCUAGAUUACUUUGCACUAAUGGGUAAGGCCAAGUUUUGCUUGUGUCCAAGUGGAUACGAAGUGGCAAGCCCUAGAGUGGUUGAAUCUAUAUAUGCAGAGUGCGUUCCGGUGAUCAUAUCUGACGGUUAUGUGCUCCCGUUUAGCGAUGUUCUUGAUUGGAGAGAGUUUUCGAUUCAUGUUCCCGUGUCGAAGAUACCUGAAAUCAAGACGAUUUUGCUAGGGAUUUCCAUGGAUAAGUAUUUGAAAAUGCAAGCGAGAGUCAAGCAAGUCCAACGACAUUUUUUGGUAAAUCAACCAGCACAACCGUUCGAUUUGUUGCAUAUGGUGCUUCAUUCAGUGUGGCUCCGGAGGCUUAACAUAAGAUUACCUACCAUAGUAUUCGAUUAG